AUGGCGGCGAGAGUACCUCUAGGAUGUGAACCUGUUGUUGGAUCAUUAACGCCAUCAAGAAAAAAGGAGUAUAGAGUGACGAACAGACUCCAAGAAGGCAAACGCCCAUUAUAUGGCGUCGUCUUCAACUUCAUUGAUUCGCGCUACUUCAAUGUCUUUGCUACUGUGGGCGGAAAUCGAGUGACUGUAUAUCAGUGUCUCGAAGGUGGUGUUAUUGCUGUGCUGCAGUCUUAUAUUGAUGAGGAUAAAGAUGAAUCCUUUUACACUGUAAGUUGGGCCUGCAAUAUUGAUGGGAGUCCAUUCUUAGUGGCUGGUGGAAUAAAUGGAGUUAUUCGUGUUAUUGAUGCUGGGAAAGAGAAGAUACACAAGAGCUUUGUGGGGCAUGGAGACUCAGUAAAUGAAAUUAGGACUCAACCCUUGAAACCAUCUCUUGUAUUAUCUGCCAGCAAAGAUGAAUCUGUUCGCUUGUGGAAUGUUCAUACUGGAAUAUGCAUUUUGGUAUUUGCUGGUGCUGGAGGUCAUCGGAAUGAAGUACUUAGUGUGGACUUCCAUCCUACUGAUAUAUAUCGGAUUGCUAGCUGUGGAAUGGAUAACACUGUUAAGAUCUGGUCAAUGAAAGAAUUCUGGACAUAUGUGGAGAAAUCGUUUACUUGGACGGAUCUUCCUUCCAAGUUUCCCACUAAAUAUGUACAGUUUCCAUUGUUAAUAGCUUCUGUCCAUAACAACUACGUUGACUGUAACAGAUGGCUUGGUGAUUUUAUCUUGUCCAAGAGUGUUGACAAUGAAAUUCUAUUAUGGGAACCAAAGAUGAAAGAACAAUCUGCUGGAGAGGGCACCGGUGAUGUCCUCCAAAAGUAUCCUGUGCCGGAGUGUGAUAUAUGGUUCAUCAAGCUUUCAUUUGAUUAUCACUACAAAACAGCAGCUAUAGGAAAUAGAGAAGGCAAGAUCUUUGUCUGGGAAGUACAAACAAGCCCGCCAACUUUGAUUGCAAAGCUAUCUCAUGUUCAAUCUAAACAACCAAUUAGACAGACUGCCAUGUCUUUUGAUGGAAGCACCAUACUUAGCUGCUGUGAAGAUGGAACUAUAUGGCGCUGGGAUGUGGUAGCAACAACUUCUUGA